AUGGCUCCCGUAUACGCUGACCACCCCUAUGAGCUCAUACAAACACCAAAAUUCCAGGCAAGUCAAGAUGAGAAAGGAUCAGAGCCUGACAUGUUCUGCCGAGUCGCAUCCGAGAUGGCUGUCGUCCACAAUAUGGUGAUCCGUGGGUUGAACUCAAUCUACCUUCAAGCCCCGUACGUCUCUCAUGCAGAGAGCAAAUACUUUGUCAAGUACAUGCUAGCAUGGUACAGCCUCCUGCAUGUCCAUCAUUCCGGAGAAGAAACAGACUUUUUCCCGGCAAUUGAGGACAUGAGUGGCGAAAAGGGGCUUAUGGAGUGUAACGUAUCACAACACAAGAAAUUUCACGACGGCAUAGAGAGCUUCAAGACUUACAUUGAUGCAUGCGCUUCUGGAAAGGAGAAGUUUGAUGGUGAGAAGGUGGUUACGUUGAUUGCGGGAUUUGGGGAGGUGUUGACCCAGCACUUACGGGAUGAGAUUACGACCCUCCUUGAUCUUCGGAAGCAUGGACUGGACAAAAUGGGUGGCUUGGAGGAGAAGUUUGGAAUAGAGGGGGAGAGAAACAUGAAAGAACUUGGGCUUGUCGUUGGCCUUCCGUUCUGCUUCUCAAACCACGACCUCGGCUACGAAGACGGGCUUUGGUCGAGUUGGCCACCGGCUCCCAAUAUCGUAAAGCUACUCUGUCGCCAUGUCAUGUACCGGUUCAACAGCAAGCGUUGGAAAUUUGCAGCUUGCGACCGCAUGGGGAACUUACAGCCUCUAUAUGCUGUCCCGGAAUAG